CCCACCUCUUUAUUUGCUAACCAAAAAUAGUUUUCUUCUUACGGCGCAACCGCAGCCGGGUUACUGAAUCUGACGAUCAUUUUCCAUAAAAAAAAAAACGUUUAAACUUCUGCAAUUUGCCCUCAGUGAUCUUGUAUUGAAAUAGGGCCAUACUCUUUUUCCUGUAUUUUAUUCUUCUACAAAUUGAACAACACUUUAAGAAGGGCACCGCACCACAUGUUACACCUCCAUUGGUGACGUGACAUGAACGACGUCAUCCCCAUUGUCCAUGUUGGAUUGAGCACUCCAUUUUAUAAGUCGGUGUUCUGGUAGACGGGUGCAGUGAGACCCCCCUUCCUCCAACUGAAAGACGUUUUGGUUUUUAUAAUCAUAUCAGUAUGAGAAUUCCAAUUUGACUGAGGUCCGAUGCAAGACUGUUAAUGAACAUCGAUUGACUUCUUUGGAAUACUAGUCCUAUAGCUGAGUAAUAACAAGAACAUUAAGAAUGACGAUCUUGCAAGGUCUCGUUGUGAUUGGCCUCCUUCAGUUGGUUGCCGUACCAACAUUUACCACACCUCUGCCUCAGGAUCAAGAUGAAUUCGCCAAUCAACUUACGGCGUUGGAGGAUGCUAUUGAACAGGUUCCGUUUGAUGAACUCCAACGAGAGUCCGAAGCAGACGUUGAUGAUCUGAUCAAAAAUCUCAUGGACCUCACAGACGAGAGCGAGACAAAUAAGGCUUCAUCAUUAGAAGGGUUCGACAAGGGUGUUGUUAAGGCUAUUGAUCAAUUCAAGGAACUCGGGGACGAGCUAUUUGAUGAAAUAAACAUGGGGGAUGAGCUUAAUAACCUUAGUGACAUCACUAAGGUUCUACCCACAGAUGUUCCGGAUGAAGUAAAUGAAUUGAUUAACGGUUUGAUGAAUUUGAGUGAUUCAAACAAAACAGUCUCCUCGAACGACGACAUGACUAUAGAUUCCACUGAAAGUACACCAAUCAAUGCUGGUAGUACUGCAAGCAGAAUUGCAGGCGACGAUCUCGUAAAAGACUUGAUGGAUGUUCAGAUUGUAGAAGAUGUUGUUUCUGAAUUCAUCACAGAGUUGGUACUUGACACAGAGCCUGCCAAUGAAGGUACGUCAGUAGCGCCAGGAGACAUUGAUUAUGAAGUGAUCACUGAACUGACCAUGGUUACAGAAGUCGUCUAUGACAUCAUUCCCAAUGAGGUCAAUAUCGAUGAGCUGGAGCCAAAUCCAGCUACAGCUGCAGUUACCUUGAUAGACGAUAUGCAACCAACAUCUACCAAUGCAUCACUUCAACAAAACGAAGGUGUCAUUCGGGAAGAUUUGACUACAAUUCAAAAUAGUGAUAAUGAACGUGACAGUACCAUGAUCGUGACGGAGGUCAUCACUGAGCUGGAAACAGAUACUGACCUUUUGUACACCAGGCUUGCCGGUUUAUUAGGCGAUAUGGAUGGUGAGGCUGAUGUUGAAACUGAAAUGUAUCCGACGGAUUUCCCUGAUGACGAAGAUUUAGCGAUGGAGCUUUGGGAUUUAAAAGCAGCUACAGAUGAUGACGAACCAACAUUUGUCUUCACGACCCCUUACCCAUCCAUUCUGAGUUCGGACGAACCUAUUGACCUCGGCCCUGAUCUAGGGGUCAUCACGGCUCAACCAGGUUUAAAUUGUGCUGAGGGACGUUUUGCAUGCGCAGACGGUAGGCAAUGCGUACUACAGGAUACCGUAUGUGACAUCAUGUUUGACUGUACUGACGGAUCAGACGAAAGUCCUAAUGUCUGCAACCUUGAUCGAGAUUGUCCUACUGGCUUUACUAAGUGCAGCAGGUCACCACAGUGUAUCAAUGACAAAGAUUGGUGCGAUGGCGUCUACCAUUGUUACAAUGGGGCCGAUGAGAAGUACUGCAUGUCCUGUGUUGGACCUACUGGUGGUGAGAAAAGGUUGAUGAUUGAGGAUUUCUGUGACGGUGUUCAGGACUGUGAUGACAACUAUGAUGAAACAUCAGAACGUUGUAAUCAUCCAUGCCCACUUGGCUCUAGUAAGUGUGCUGAUGGACUUCAAUGCAUCAAGGACGAUUUAUUCUGUAACGGAUUCAAGAAUUGCAGGGACGGAUCCGAUGAAAGUAAAGACUGUGCUCGCAGCAUGGAAGAAUGUGAACGUUUUGAAAUGUUCACUUGUGACGGUAUCUGUAUGAUCAAGUCCGCCCUCUGUGAUGGAAUGACAGACUGCAAGGAUGGUGUUGACGAAAGAGGAUGCUCUAAUGACAUCUUCUCAUGUCCUGAUGGCUUCAUUCGGAGUAAGCAAGAUCACGCCUGUGUAUUCCAGAUUAUUUCGGCUCCACAGAGCAGAGACCCAUGAGGACAAGAAAGGCGAAUAAAAAAUGCUCAUUUCACCCGUGUGAAAAUAAACAAUGUAUAUACGUGAUUAGUUGACUGUAGAAAACGUAAAAUGAAUAGUGCCAUUGUGAUUAUAUUCAUAUUCAUAAAGUAUAUAAACACAAUUAUAAUUGUUGUUUGAACAUCAUUGCCGUUGAUAGUAUUUUAUUAAUUUAAGCAAUUUAUAUCCCGCACAGUUCCGCGUGGUUGUUUUUUUUACCUACAUGUAUAUUACGAAUUAUGAUGUUCUUCGAAAAUGUAUGAUUUUUUUUUGUAAUUCUCUCUUUCUCCCUCCCCCCCCCCCCCAUUUUUUCUAUUCGUUCCGUGUUAUUGUUUUCUAUUUAGCUUCCACGUCUCAGAAAGAGUAGAUACGGAAUUACUAAAAAUAUGAAUUAUUCUUAAUGGAGAUCCCAAGCUGUCAUAAUUAUAGCAGACUAUGAAAAUAUAAGGGUGUCAUCGGCUGAGAAUCGUAUAAUGACGUCAUGAUCGUUACCUGACUGAC